GUAAAUCAGGACACUAUAAAAGAACAUGAGAGGCUGUGAGGAUGACAGAGCAAGAGCUGGAAACAAACAUCAGUGAAGAAUGAAGGCUUUAGUAUGUAUACUGCUGCUGUUGGAAACCUUUGUGUUUGUCGUCCAGCAGCAGGUAGAUGGAGGACUCAAUGAGAAUGAGAUCAGUCAACAGAUCAGCUCUGAGGACGGAAGACAGAAUCCACCUAAAACAGACACUUUGAGAGCUGAAGCUUCAACUGACAGACAACAAUACUGUGAUCUGGGCAUCCCUGACAUCCAUGCAGCACUGAGAGAACUGACCGCCAUCCGUUACAGUGCAGAAAGAAAAUAUCAGAGAACUGACCGCCACCGUUACAGAGCAGAAAGAAAACAUCAGAGAACUGACUGCCACCGUUACAGAGCAGAAAGAAAAGAACAGAGUUUUAGAGACGCAACUGAAGGGAACAACAGACGUUUAUCCUGGAAGAGAUGAACAAGAAACAUUUUGAAAUUACAAAUCUUACUCUGAGUCAAGUGGAGGAGUUGAGAAAGGAAAAUAGAGACAGAGAAAUAGCUUUUUCAGCUUCAAUGCUGGAAUCUGGCGGUGGAUAUAUUGGUCCUUUUACCACUGAAAUCACACUAACCUACAAGAAAGUCUUCACAAACAUAGGGAACGCCUACAACCCAAUUACAGGUGUUUUCACAGCCCCACUGAAAGGAGCAUACAUGUUCAGAAUCAAUGUACAUGGUCGUGGCGGAAUUCAAUCAACUGCAUCCAUUUAUUAAGAAUGGAGAGCGUUUGGUUAUGGCAUAUGAUACUCAGCCUCAGAAUAUUUUA